GGAGGCCCAUCCGAAUCCGAGCCAAGCCCUGCUACUCUGCGUCCGCCUUAUGGUGACACAUCAGCGAGCAGGUUGAAUCAUGAACAAGGAGGUAACAGAACAUUUUCUAUUCAUAUGUUGCAAAAGGAGUUUCAGACUCGCCAAGUAACUCCAGGCUUCGAUAUACCGGCGCUAUAUUCCUUUCGAGGUCUCCUCGACUGUGAUCAUCCACGCGGUGAAAAGGUGAAACGAGCCGCAGAGCUUCUCAACUGCCAUAUUGUGAGCGAUGAAAAGACAUGCUAUCAAUUGCCUGACGGUCAAAAACCAUCGCUGGGACCGAUCCUCGACAGUGAGCCGCGAAUCAGUAGCUACAUACAAGCAUGUUUUGAAACACCCUGUGCUGGUGUCAAUAUGUUCCUGACUAUGGCAAGUGCUCAGGAGUGUGUGGAUGCUGUGCUGAAAACCAACUGCUCCGAUCGAGCCACGGUGGUGGUGGCCUAUGCCGUCCUGGCAUUGGGCUGCUAUCUUGUAAGUAUACAUUCGGGUAUCAAAAGUGCCGUGGAAGGCAUGUCAAGGGCCACUGGAUAUUUUCGACGAGCGUUGUCAGAAUCGAACUAUCUGAUAAUGGAGAGCGCGACUGUUCGGGCAUUUCAGGCAAGUAUUAACCAGUGGCAGAUCAUCUUCGCAGACAAAUCCGGUCAUCGUACCAAAUCCCGUCUCGUCAACCUCGGUGUCCAGUUCGCGCAGGAUUUGGGACUUCACAGCUCUCGGCGCCUGCGGCAGCUUUGCACCGAGGCCGACGAGCCAUUGCUUAAGAAUGCAUUCUGGCAUCUCUAUGCCAUUGAGAAAACCGACGCGGUGGACAGAGGCCGACCUUCGAUUAUGUGCGACAAGCUCACCGACUAUUCGCCCAGUGAUGGAUUCCAGAACCCUGAUGAAGCGCGGUUGAUGCUUCAAUGUUUAUACGGACGUGUCUGCGAUCGUGUGAUAGAUUCGCUCUAUAGCCAAGCAGCCCUCCGAGCGCCACGAGUUGACAUGUGCCGUCAGAUAGAAGAUGCAUAUUGCCUGGUUCAAUCGUGGCUUGGUAUCCUACACACAUAUAACAAUUCGCUCAAUUGUUCUUCCAGGCACUCCUCUUUCCUCGAGGAGCACAUGGAGUCAGAGACGCAUUUGGGCUCUUAUUUCCUUACAUUCUUGAUUCAUGGAAAAUGGCUCCAACUCGCGCAGCAGGGACUGGCUACUGAGGAGAGAGAGGCCUAUGAGCGAAGUGAGGCACGAUGUCUCGCUGCGGCGCGGUCGGUAUUGGAACAAUGUAGCCAGUACACACAUGUCGAGAUGCUGGCUAAUAUGAGAUUUCGUUCGCUUCCAAAAAUCGCGGCAUGCAUUCUGGUUCUUAUAGGGCAACCGUGCGACCGAUUGGAUGAAGAGCGGAUAGCCGAUUUCGGAGUCCUCCCUCUUCUCACCAUCGGCUUCGCAACCUACCAGAUUGACCGAACAAAUAUUGCCAGUGCACUAACGGGAGGUUUCGCAUCGGACAUUGGCAUAAGCCAAGACAUCAUUAAUCUAGGAAACCAGCUAAUGUUCUUGGGCGUUAUUGUCCUGGAAAUACCAUCCAAUAUGGUCCUACAAAAGGUCGGACCCCGCCGCUGGAUCAGUGCCCAAGUCUGCAUCUUCGGAGUCAUUGCCGCAUUGCAGAUCUUUAUUCGGAAUAAGACUGGCUUCCUGCUUACGCGAAGCAUACUGGGUCUCGCGGAGGCCGGGUACAUCCCAGCUGCUAUGUACACUCUUUCAACGUGGUAUACGAAAGAGGAGUUGACGAAGCGCAUUGCAGUGUUCUUCUUUGGAAUGUUUGGGGGUGCUGCAGUGUCGCCGUUACUUGGUGCUGCUUUGCUCAAGCUAGAUGGGCAGGGAGGGUUGCAUGGUUGGCAGUGGAUAUUCUUGCUCGAAGGAAUCUGGUCGGUCCUUAUGGCAAUUGCUUUGUUCACGCUACUGCCGGAGAGAGAAGGAAUUGCUAGUGAAAGCUCUGAUGAAGAGUCCGCCUGCAAAGCCCAGUCAUGGAACGGGUCCACCUCUGAAACGAUUCCUGUCAAGGUGGUAUGGGAGACACUCACAAACUAUACCAAAUGGCCCCAUUUCCUCGCCACAGCAUGUGUCUUCGCAACCUGGAGUCCCCUCACUACGUACACUCCGACGAUCAUCAUGUCACUGGGGUUCUCUCGCAUCCAGGCAAACGCUCUCGCUGCGAUAGGGAGCUUACUCACACUACCCGUCAUUGUGUUCUUCGCAUCUCUGAGUGACUGGUCUCGCAGACGGGGGAUGAGUGUCAGGCUUGCAAUUGCUGUGUAUCUCGUCGCACUCGUUCUGUUGAGAGUUUUGCAGGCACGGGUCGACAGAUGGGGACGGUUCGGCCUCUGGACGACUGUUAAUGGGCUGGCGGUCGGGUAUCAUCCUAUUCAUAAUGCGUGGAUUCAGGUUAAUUGCUCUAGUCCGGGGGAGAGGAGUGUUAGUGUGGCGAUGUUUGUCAUGUCUGCCACGGCUGGUCUCAUGGCAGGGACGCAGAUCUUCCGAAGUGAUGAUGGUUUGAAUGGCUAUCGAAGGGGAAUACUGAUCAUGAUAGUUUUGGUCUUAUCCGGCUUGAUCUUGGUGGCUUUCCAGAGUGCGAUUUACCGCACAUUAAAUCGUUCAAGGAAGAGUAGCAUCGUCCAGCAGACUUGA